AUGAACAGCGAUCGUCGUCCGCUAUUGUUGUCGCCGAAAGAGGAGAAUCACGAAAACAACGAGACUGGAAUGGCAGUGGAAUGGCCGUGCGCUGCUUGUGCUACUUUACUCGGGAUCGCGCAUUUAUCAAUGGGUUUAGGUCUACUAGCGUUCGACGUGGUCACAAACGAGACAUCAGAGACAGCUUUUGCCGCCACCGCCGCACUCGCCUACAUCAUUUGUUCAGUGCUCUCAUUUAUUGCGGCCAGACGUCUCGAUCGUUGCGCUCAAUUGUUACUCUUCGCUUUCGCCGCUUUCUCAGCGCUCACCUCAUUGUCAAUCUUUCUCGAAGCAGCCGUCGUCUUGAACAGAUUAUGCGGUCAACGAGCGUGCACAGAGGGAAGAGAUCUCGUGCACUCGACACUCAUUUGCAUCGCUCUCACCGAGUUUGUGAUCAGCUCAAUCUCGAUGAUCGUCUGCUAUCGAUCUCUGCGCAACGCGUUCGGCGUAAACACGGUUGCCUCUCCGUACAGCACUCUAAUCGUCGGCGAUUACACGACACUCGAACGCCAGCCAAGACCCAUGAGGGAACACAAGGGCAAAAAGUCUGCUGUAACUGUAAAACCCACCCACAAUCACGAACCUCCUUUUCCCUUUGUUGCUGGUCUUCUU